GCAGGUGGGGGCUGCUGGUGGAGCUGCGAUGGCCGGCCUGGGAGCAGGCUCAUUCUUCCUGGACCCCUGUGGGAUCUGGUGGCAAGACCCCAUGGGGGCCCCAGUGAUGGGGGACUCCUGGGAUGUGGUGGAGAUGGCUACCCGGCAGAAGAUGGAUGAGGACUCGGACCUGAGCCAGCUGGAGGGAGACAGCGUGGAGGAGCUGGAGGUGGAGGACCCGGAGCUGGAAGCCAUCAAGGCCAAAGUGCGUGAGAUGGAGGAGGAGGAGGAGCGGCUGAAGGAGCUGCAGGCGGAGGCCCAGAGUCGCCUUCUCAUGGCAGCGGAGGCAGGGUUUUUCUUUCCUAGGACGGCAGAGGAAAAAAUCAAGGCUGAUCAGAGAUCUGUCUACGUGGGAAACGUGGAUUACGGUGGAACAGCGGAGGAGCUGGAGUCCCAUUUCAACAGCUGCGGGCAGAUCAACCGCGUCACCAUCCUCUGCGACAAGUUCUCCGGACAUCCGAAAGGGUAUGCGUACAUCGAGUUUGAAGACCAAAGCUCAGUGACGGUGGCUGUGGCACUGGAUGAAAGCGUGUUUCGUGGUCGGGUCAUCAAGGUGCUGCCCAAGAGGACCAACAUGCCAGGCAUCAGCACGACUGACCGUGGUGCCUUCCGGGGCCGUGUCCAGAGCAGGGGGGGCCUGUGUUACGGGGCAAGCUUCUGCAGAGGGCAGCGAGCCUGGCCACGCGGCAGGGUGUACAGGAGCCGGGGACGGUUACUGCCGUGGUAUUCUCCCUACUAGACAAGGACAGGAUUGCGCUGGAGAUGGCAACAGGACUGCAUUUAAAAAACCACAAGGGAUGGGGGGUGCUGAAAGGGAACCGGGGUGAACAGAAAGAAGUGCGGGGUGUCUUGUCUGUGUGCGGUGCAGCAAAGGGGGUGCUGUAUUCUGUGCCGUGCUGGCACCUUUCCAGGCAUUUUGGGGGUUGCCCUGCGGGUCAUUCUUAGGGAGCCCAUUCAUCUCCCUGGGAGGGAACCCCACAUUUCUGAGCAUGGCAUGACCAGAACAGAGAAACCGAGCUCCCCCGUGGCUGUUUUCAUCCUGUAGAAGCUGCAAGAAAUGGGGUUUAGGCACCUACAGCAGUCGGCCCAUGUGCCAGCCUGGACCAGAGCUGUCAGGGGCAUCUUGCUUUCUCUGCCACGCUGAGGGGUGCAGACACAAGAGCCAGGUGCCUUGAAUUCUGUUUUCUGGGACCCACUCGUUCAGCUCAUCAGUGCCCAGGCUCGGUGGGAUAUCUCUUGGGCACAAGCAGAUCCUGGAAGCAAGGUGGGAUUUCUUCUACCCCCUGAACUGUUGAUGGGAGUGGAAGGGAAAAAUCCUUGGUGAAGCAGCUAAAAGACAGAUUCCACCCCCCACCCCACUUUUUUUUAAAUGUUAGUUUUAAAGACUGCCUGGGUUUCAUCUCCCUGAUCUUGCUGUUAAAAUAGGUCUGUUGUGCAUCCUGGGGUGGGGUGACUAGAGAGCCGUGCCCGGCCCUGUUCCUCUGAUAAGGCUUGUGUUAACGCCGGUCGUUGCAUGAGAUCUACCCACGCACAAAUCCUGCUUGGAAGCUGCGAUCCAGGACCCGGGGGGUGCAGGGAGCGUCUUCUUGAGCUGCACCUCCCAGGGGCUGGGGCUGAAUCCAGCCCCUAGAGACAAGUGUGCAUUCGCAGGGGGGCCUAAAUGCAGUCUCCCUUUAUUCCUGACACUGUUCUCACAGUGGGGAGGUCUCAUCUUGAGGCCUGAGGCUCUCAGAGCAGGAGCUGUUUCAGGCUGGGAGUGCAAGGGCUAAGCAUAUGGGGUUCAUGCUUAGCAGCUGCCUGGCACAAGCCAUUGCUCCUGGUCUCCCUUCCACAUGCACCUCGACCGGCUGAUUUUUAAAGGAAAAUUAUUCUUGGUUUAAAAAAACCCUAGUUAAUAUUUGGCAUUAAAAAUUUAAUUUUAAUCUAACUCUUGCCCUGAUCUUUCAGGACCUUUGUUCAGGAUUCCUUUACCCCAGAGCUGCAGGUAAAAUAACCUUGAUAGUCAGCUAAGGGGACACUGCCAGGUACCAUUCUGUCUGGGGAAUAAAAAAAGACGUCUCUCCUGUAUAACACCUGCUCGCAUGCCUGCUCCAAAGGAGAGUCGGGAAGCUUUCCGUUCUGGAUCUUGUGAAAUCUUAUGGAUCUAACAGUUUGGACUGCAAGUUCUAGACACAAAUCCCCAAAAUCUCAUGUUUCUCUGAAUAAACUUGGGAAGCCCUGGGACUUUCAUUCUUGAAGAAUAAGUUUGUUUUAGAUGCAAAGUACCUGGCAGUGACUGUCUUUUAAGAUCACUUGUUGAAAAGGGAAUGCUGAAAUCUGGUCUUGACAGGCACAAAGAUUUAACUCACUUUUAUGUGUAACGGUUUAUAAAAAUAGCAUUGCAUUUGUUGGGGGGAGGGGUGGGAGGGUGGGAUAACAGUUGCUGUUUCCAACGUGUUAUG